ACAGGACAGCAAGACUGUGUUGACCCGUUUCAUAACAUCAAACUGCAUAACAUAUAGCACUUCUCUGACUUAUGUCAGCAACUUUCAUUUAAGUUUAAUGUUAGUCAGAGAAAUAACGCGUAUAAAGCAAAUGUUUUCUCGCGUAAAAGCCGGACGGUCGUUUGCUGCAGCUUUCACCUCCUGCAGAUGUUUCCAUGCAGAAAUAGUGAGACAUGAAUCCAGCGGGCUUGCAGUAGUUCAUCACAGCAAGUACGUGUGUGACCUCCCACCGAACCACAGGUUUCCAAUGCGCAAGUUCCCCCGGGUUUUACACUUUCUAAUCAAAGACCAAGUCAUAACAGAAAACCAGGUGUGGGUUCCUGAAAUUGCCUCGAAAGAAUUACUGAGCUGUGUGCACACUGAGGAAUACUUGAACAACUUCAUAAAUGGGAAAAUAAAUGAGCAAGAACAAAGGAGGACAGGUUUCUCUUGGAGUCAGGGAUUAGUGAGACGCUGUCGGUAUGAAACAGGUGGGACGGUUCUAGCUGCUGAAAUAGCUCUGCAUAGGGGACUGGCCUGCAGCACAGCAGGAGGAACCCAUCAUGCUUUUCCAAGCUGUGGUUCAGGGUUUUGUCUCCUCAAUGACUUAGCAGUUGCAGCCAAAUACCUGAUGGGCAACUCUUCAGCCAAGAGGAAGGUUCUGAUUGUGGAUCUUGAUGUGCAUCAGGGUGACGGCACUGCUUUUAUAUUUAAAGAGGAGCCGUGUGUGUUUACAUUCUCAGUGCACUGUGGGAAAAACUUCCCCCUCCGCAAACAACAGAGUGACCUCGACAUCAGCUUGGAGGAUGGGCUGGAAGACAAGGAGUACCUUUCUACAGUGGAAGCCCACCUUCCCUGGCUACUGGAGACUUUUCGUCCAGACCUGGUCCUUUACGACGCAGGCGUUGACCCCCACUGGGAAGAUGAACUCGGGAGGCUCCGUCUGACUGACCAAGGUCUGUAUCAGAGAGAUCUGUAUGUGAUGAAGACUGUGGUGAGCAGAGGCAUUCCUGUCGCUGCUGUGAUUGGAGGAGGAUAUUCGAGAGACAUCGACAAACUGGCCCUCAGACACUCCAUCGUCCACAGAGCAGCUACUCAGGUUUGGAGGGAGUGUGGACUGUAAAACCAUGGUUCAAGAGGACCCUCAAAAUGCAACUGAUACUUGAAAUGUAGGAGCCAAUGCCAGUAGUAAUGUGGGGGAAUAAACAAAUCUGAUGUGAACUAUUACUUCUUUUAUAUACUGUACAUUCAACAAUGUAAGUUUUUAUAGUAAAUUGGAACAAGAUAUUUGCAGCUAACCUACAUGCUGUAUAUGCUAAGCUAAUAUAAUCAUCCUUCAGAUAUAUCAAGUGAGUUCUACUCAGGUUAUUUUAAUUUGGAAAGUUGGUGAUCAUGGUCAAGCAAGUGACUUUCUAAUGUGGUAUGUGAUGAGGUAAACUUGUUAACAUCAUUAAAAUACUGCAUUGUUUCUUCGGUAGUAGAAACUGUCUCUA